AGCAUUGUCCCUAGUCACGCAUCCUUUCAACGAGGUCUGGUUUGAGCGAGUAGUGUCCCGCCAGUCUUCGUCGUCAGAUUCCGUUGCACUUACUCGUUCGGCUCCAGCUUGAAAAAUGGCGGAGAGCUUUCUUUUCACAUCUGAAUCUGUCAAUGAGGGUCACCCCGACAAGUUGUGCGACCAGAUCUCUGAUGCCGUGCUUGAUGCCUGCCUUGAGCAGGACCCUGACAGCAAGGUCGCCUGCGAGACAUGCACCAAGACCAACAUGGUCAUGGUGUUUGGAGAGAUUACAACCAAGGCCAACGUAGAUUAUGAGAAGAUUGUCCGCAAUACAUGCCGCAACAUUGGAUUUGUCUCUGAUGAGGUGGGUCUUGAUGCUGACAAAUGCAACGUAUUGGUGAACAUUGAGCAGCAAAGCCCUGACAUUGCCCAGGGCGUGCACGGCCACUUUACUAGGCGUCCAGAGGAGGUUGGCGCUGGUGAUCAGGGUCACAUGUUUGGGUAUGCCACUGAUGAAACCCCCGAAUACAUGCCCUUGAGUCAUGUCCUUGCAACCAAAUUAGGAGCUCGCCUCACGGAGGUUAGGAAGAAUGGCACCUGCGCUUGGCUGAGACCAGAUGGAAAAACUCAAGUAACUGUUGAGUACUCCAAUGACAAUGGUGCUAUGGUUCCAGUUCGUGUCCACACUGUCCUUAUUUCUACUCAGCAUGACGAGACUGUGACUAAUGAUCAAAUUGCUGCUGAUCUUAAGGAGCAUGUCAUUAAGCCCGUCAUCCCUGAGAAAUACCUAGACGACGAUACCAUCUUUCACCUCAACCCCUCCGGCCGCUUUGUCAUUGGUGGCCCUCAUGGGGAUGCUGGUCUUACUGGAAGAAAAAUUAUUAUAGAUACCUAUGGUGGCUGGGGUGCCCACGGUGGUGGUGCCUUCUCAGGGAAGGACCCCACCAAGGUCGAUAGAAGCGGUGCCUAUAUUGCCAGGCAGGCCGCAAAGAGUGUUGUGGCAAAUGGGCUUGCCCGGCGGUGCCUUGUGCAGGUUUCGUAUGCCAUUGGUGUUCCUGAGCCCUUGUCCGUUUUUAUUGACACCUACGGAACUGGAAAGAUUUCAGACAAGGAUAUUCUUCAACUUGUGAAGGAGAAUUUCGACUUCAGGCCUGGAAUGAUUACCAUCAACUUGGACCUUAAGAGGGGUGGCCAUAGAUUCCUCAAGACAGCUGCUUAUGGACACUUUGGAAGGGAUGACCCAGACUUCACCUGGGAAACUGUGAAGCCACUCAAGUGGGAAAAGCCUCAAGCUUAAGAGUAGCGAAUCUUAAUCAGUGGUGUUCUUCUUGGUUCUGGGUGAAUAAUUCCCGUGUCAUUUUGCUCCACCCCGCAUGUCUACUGCGUUGCAAUAGUUAACAUUCCCAUCUAAUAACCAAAAUGAUAUGUAUUCUACUUUAAUUUCCUUAUGAUUUAAUUAUUGAUUAUGCAAUAUUGCUCGUGGCGGCUCAUUCAUGUAUCAGAAACAGAAUUAUUUUUCCUCGGCUGUCAAGCUGGAAUUCAAUUGCGCAGAUAUGACUGUUACGAUGUAUUCUGAGUGCAGAAA